AUGGCCUCCAGCACAACUUCAUAUGCAUCCACCAAGGAGACAACAAAUUAUGCUCGUCUGUGUCGUCUUCUUGUGGAUGUAGGAUCCCAGGCAUUGAGAAACACAUUUGAUAGUAUUCACCCACCGGCAGGCCUACGUGGAGUUUUUACAAAGCCUCCUGUACAUCCAAUACUGCAGACACUUAGAAAGAAGAGAAUUCUUAAUCCCACUCAAUGGGCCAAACUGUAUCCCCCUUCACCUUCAUCAAUAUCUUCGAAAGAUUUUGACGUCACACUUCUCAUGUUGCUCUUAAGGAAUAUAUGUGGCUUGAUUCCUCCAACCACUGGUUGGGAUAAUCUCCCACCUGCUGCAGAUACGAGUGCUGAAGCCAACAUAGCAAGGGUUAAGUAUUAUAGGAACCAUGUCUAUGGACAUGCCAGCCAGGCAUCUGUAGACGAUGCAACAUUUAAUACCUAUUGGCAGGAUAUAAGUAAUGCAUUGGUAGGACUGGGUGUAGAUGCUGCUGCUAUCAAUAGACUGAAGACUGAGAGUAUGGAUCCUGUCAUUGAGAAACACUACCAAGAAGUACUGGGAGAGUGGAAGAAAGAUGAUGAUAGCAGUAAAUACAGACUUGAUGAGAUUGAAGGUAACUUGAAAAGUCAGUAAUUAUUGUGGAUUGAAGAAAUAACGAUAAUCUUGUAACACUGUUAUGCAUAAAGAAAUGCUAGAACUGAGGGUGCAAGGCAUGGAUCGUUUCAGUUAAGAGAAUACAUGCCAAGGAAGAGUGUUGGGAACUUCAUGGCCUGCAAUACAUUCCCUAUAUUUUAGUAGGCUGUAAUGACUGGCAAAAAUCCAAGACCAAGCCUGAAUUUCAGCUGUUCCUUCGAGUUAGCUUCAGCUGACAUUUAGGUUAUCCUAGACCCUCCUGAAAAAGAAAAAAGACGAUUUUUAAAAAAGGUGUUAAUGGUGAUGAUAUUUUAUAUCUUUUCCCCCCCCCCCCCCCCCCGAAACUCUUUACCCUUGAGGUAUUCUUGUGAACACUUGCUUGAUAAUCAUUCCAGUUAACUAGACUUUUACCUGUGAUUGCUCCUGGACUGAUCACUGGAUUUUUGAUUCUGAUAACAAACAGAGCUGCUAAAGCGCAUGAAUGAUCAGCUAAUGGAAAGUCAAAGGAAAAUUAUAGAAAGUUUGACAGAUCAUGCAGCGGGAACAAAGCAAGAAAAAGGUAUGUCUAUCACUUUGUAAUAGACCUUGGUUGUAUUCUAAAGGGCCCUUAAUAUACAUGCUCUACCUUGCGCAACUUACAACCAGAUUUACAUUAAAUUUUUAGCUUAGACCCAUCAAUGGCACCGUUGCAGUUUUUCCCUCUGGUAUUUAAAAGUGAUGAGCCUUUUUUUUGUUUUGUUUUGUUUUUUUCGAAAAUAUCAUCAAUUAGUUCUAACCACCAAGAAAAACAGUCUCUUGCCAACGAACAUGCUUCUCUAGAUGCAAGGGUAAAUUAAAACAAACAUUAUUUGUAUUUAUUUUUGUAUGUGCGCUAUACUCGCCUUUCCUGUUUCAGGUUUCUCUUUUGUCCAGUUUCUGAGACUCAUCAUACAAUGAUAGCACAAUCGCACCCCUUUAAUACGGACACUAGGGGCGGGAGGCGGUAGAAAUAGUGUCCUCAUUUACAGGUGUUUGUUUGAGGGAGAUUGAAUUUAGAGAUAAUGUAAGGGCUUUCCCUGCAACAAAAAAACUGUUUGUAACAACGAGGUGCCCCAAUUAAGUGGAUGUCCGUUGAACUUGGUUAGACUAACGCGGUGCUAUGAUUUUUUUUCUCUAUCAGGUGCUUUUGACCCAACUGAAUUUAUCGAUGGCAUUCGCCAACUCUACAGCACCCGUGAAAGAUGGAUUGCACCCUUUCCGUGGUGGGAAAAAUUUCGGUUGAGCCUUGAUAACAAUUUUACCAGACUCAAAAUAGCGAGCAGGAAGAAAGAAAGGGGUAAAAAGACUGAUGAAACUGUUACGAUGAACGAUAUCUUCAAACCAUACGAGGAAUGCUUACAUCCUAGGACGGUGUUGAUUGAAGGGAAACCAGGUAUAGGAAAGACCACAUUCUGUAAUAAACUUGCUUACGACUGGGCAACGAAGAAACAAGGGGAAGAAAAUCCUUCAGGAAGUUUUUUCCCAAACUUCCAACUAGUUUUGUUGCUUAAAUGCCGAGAAAUAGAGUCUUACCUUUGGGAAGGACAACUUUUGCCUCGAUCCAAGAAAGAACAACUGGAAGAAAUCUUUAAAUCCGUUCUUUGGAACGCCAUUGAUGAUCAACUUCUGCCUCAAGAUGUCACAAAAGAAGAUAAGGACGAAUUCUUCAAAUUCAUUCGCCAUAAUCAGCCAGACAUUUUACUGGUACUUGAUGGAUUGGAUGAGUUGCCUACCAAUAUGUUACCAGCGUUUAAGGAAGUAAUUCAAGGAAGAAUCUUACAAAGAUGUCACAUUGUAGUAACAGCACGACAGGAGGUUGGUAUGGAGGUGCGCGAAUGCUGCGACAGGUUGCUAGAAAUUGAAGGUUUUACCAAAGACGACGCCCGAGAGUUUAUCGUCAAAUACUUCAAAGAGGACGCUCAUUUGGCCGAGAAGCUAUUAAUCAAACUAAACCUUGACGAAAACCUCAGACAGUUGACAGAAAGUCCUUUAAACACUGUACUUCUUUGUCUCCUAUGUGAAGACUUUGAUGGUGUAUUUCCAGAGAGUGGUACACAGCUGUAUCUAGAAAUAGUAGACUGUGUUCUUAGAAGAUACAUGAAAAAGAAUGGUUUACCACUACCAAAGGCUAAGGGCGAAGACCUUACUAAGCUAUACAAGACUCAACUGAAACAGCUUGGCUCGAUCGCGUUGAGCGGCCUCCUUCAGAAUAACAUGUCCUUUGAGGAAAGCAAGUUUGAAAAUUGUUCAGACGAAUUACCAGAAUUUGGCUUUUUGUCCGUUGAGUGUAGUCGGAGCAAACUGCGACCAUCUUUAUUCUAUUCCUUUUUACAUAAAACAUUUCAGGAACUAUUUGCAGCAUUUUACCUGUGUUGCCAAAUUCAGGAUAACACAAUUUGUCCAGAAAACAUGAUUACCGACCAUAGAUAUUUCCAUGAGCUCAAACAGGUGCUUGUGUUCACUUGCGGCCUGUUAGCUUUGCAAUCUGAAGAAAAGGUAAAGCCUUUGAUCGCCAGUAUUGCUGUUCAGGCAGACAAUGAUGAUAAAUUAUUGGUGGCAUUACAGUGCAUUGGCGAAUGUAAGAACGACUCACGUUCUUCUCUUCAUUGGCUGUUAGCUCAAACCCUUGGGUCAAUUAUUCAAAUAAAGGAGCUGAACCUGUCAGGCGACGGCCUUGGUCUUAAUGAGUGUACUGCACUGGCAGAAACAAUCAAGCACAAUUCAACAAUAACACAGUUGGAUUUGUCAUACAAUGACCUUGGUGAGGGUGAAUGUAUUGCACUGGCAGAGGCAAUCAAACACAAUUCAACAAUAACACAGUUAAAUUUGAGUGACAGUCUUCGUGGCGAUAGUCAGUGUACUGCGCUGGCGGAAGCAGUCAAAUACAAUUCAACAAUUACAGAGUUGGAUUUGUCAUACAAUCACCUUUUUGCUGGUGAUAGUAACGCAUUUGCGGACGCAAUCAAACACAAUUCAACAAUAACACAGUUGGAUUUAUCAUACAAUCAACUUGAUGAUGAUGGCUGUACUGCACUGGCGGAAGCAAUCAAACACAAUUCAACGUUGAUACAGUUGGAUUUGUCAUACAAUCUCCUUGGUACUGGUGACUGUACUGCUCUGGCGAAAGCAAUCAAACACAAUUCAGUAUUAACACAUUUGGAUUUGUCAUGCAAUGUAUUUGGUGCUGGUGACUGUACUGCACUUGUGGAAGCAAUCAAACACAAUUCAGCAAUAACACAGUUGGAUUUGAGAGGUAGUUUUCGUGGUGCUGAUUACUGUCAUGUACUGACGAAAAUAAUCAAACACAAUUCAACAAUAACGCAGUUGGAUUUGUCAGACAAUGGCCUUGGAUUUGGUGACUGCACUGCUCUGGGGGAAGCAAUCAAACACAAUUCAACUAUAAAACUGUUGGAUUUGUCACACAAUGAGCUUUGUUAUGGUGACUGUACUGCACUAACGGAAAUAAUCAAACACAAUUCAACAAUAACGCAGUUGGAUUUGUCAGACAAUGACCUUGGAUUUGGUGACUGCACUGCUCUGGGGGAAGCAAUCAAACACAAUUCAACUAUAAAACUGUUGGAUUUGUCACACAAUGAGCUUUGUUAUGGUGACUGUACUACACUAACGGAAGCAAUCAAACACAAUUCAACAAUAACGCAAUUGGAUUUGUCAAACAAUAUCCUUGGUGCUGGUGAAUUUGGUGCACUGGUGGAAGCAAUCAUUUGCAAUUCAACAAUAACACGGUUGGAUUUGUCACACAAUGACAUCGAUGCUGGUAACUGUACUGCACUGGCGGAAGCAAUCAUUUGCAAUUCUACAAUAACACAAAUAAAUUUGUCAAACAAUGGCCUUGGUUUUGGUGACUGCAUAGCACUGGCGGAAGCAAUUAAACACAAUUCAACAAUAACGCAUUUGGAUUUGUCUUUUAAUAGCCUUGGUGCUGGUGACUUUACUGCACUGGCGGAAGCAAUCAAACACCAUUCAACAUUAACACAGUUGGAUUUGUCAAGCAAUCUCCUUGACGAUUCUGACCGUAAUGUAUUGGCGGAAGCAAUCAGACACAAUUCAACAAUAACGCAGUUGGAUUUGUCACACAAUCUCCUUGGUACUGGUAACUGUACUGCACUGGCAGAAGCAAUCAAACAUAAUUCAACAUUAACACAGUUGGAUUUGUCACGCAAUGGCUUUGGUACUGGUGACUGCACUGCACUGGCUGAAGCAAUCAAACACAAUUCAACAAUAACACAGUUGGAUUUGUUACACAAUUAACUCGGGAAUGGUGACUGCACUGGUUGAAGCAUCAAACAUAAUUCACCAAUAACGCAGUUGUUACACAAUCUCUUUGGUACUGGUGACUGUACUACACUUGAGGAAGUAAUUAAACACAAUUCAACAAUAACGCAGUUGGAUUUGUCAUGGAAUGAACUUGGUACUAGUGACUGUACUGCAUCGACGGAAGCAAUCAGUCACAAUUCCUUAAUAAGAGUUUAA